GAAUGCUUUAUAACUCAGAAAAGCUUGUUUUUUAUUUACAAGUGCAUUAACUAUAAAAAGAAGAUGAAUUUUGGCUCAAAUGCAUAGAUGGACAUGGUCAUUUUUUUUUACUAAUUCUUUUACCAAAUUUUCAAAAUAUAAAUAAAAAUGAUUGAUGUGUAAAGUAGUACUGUUGUUAGUAAAUAGAUUAAUUCAACUAGAUUCUUAGCUCUAACUUUGGUUUGUCUCAUUGUCUGUCUAGGCUUGUUACAUGUUUAAUGUUUUCCCCUAUGUAUUUUAAGCAAAAUGUCAUAUAACAGUUGCAAUUGUUUUGAAUUGUGUCUAUCAUUUCUAAAUUAGUUGCUGGUGCUCCACAUUAAAAAAAGAAGGAAAAAGGACCCUAGAAGCACCAACUUUGAUGGCUUCAUUUUUGGUUUGGUAGGUGUUGCAAAGGUUGUUCUGAAAAAGGGGAAGACACAACUCUUCAAGGAUGGAAACCCAAUGGUGUACAGCGGAGCCGUUGAUAGAAUUAUUGGGAGGCCGCCUCCGAAGACUGGAGAUAUUGUUGUGGUAGCAGAUGGGACUGAGAAGCCAAUAGGAUGGGGCUUGUACAACUCAGUUUCUAUGUUCUGUGUUCGGCUUAUGCAGUUUGAGGAUGAAGCUAUCAGCGAUUCAUCAUUUCCAUUGAACAUGGAAAAACUGCUUGAAACUAGAAUUCAUGCUGCCGUUGAAUUGCGUAGAAGGCUGGGUCUUCCUUCAGUCCAUACAAAUGCAUAUCGUUUAAUCAAUAGUGAGGGUGACAGAUUAUCAGGAUUAAUAAUUGAUGUCUUUGGAGAUGUAGCUGUGGUAGCAUCAUCUGCUGCUUGGGUUGAGAAGUACAAGUCAGAGAUAGAGGCAUGCAUCAGGAAAAUUGAUUAUAUCAAUUAUAUAAAUUGGAGGCCAUCUAUUGAUAUAUUAAAGGAAGAUGGAGUUGAUGUGUCUGAUUUAGAGGAUUUGAAUUCAUCUACUUGUCCUGAAAGAACAAAGAUCAUGGAAAAUGGAAUUGUGUACACAAUUUCACUGAACGGCCAGAAGACUGGAUUCUAUGCAGAUCAGCGUGAGAAUCGUCAAUGUAUAUCAAGUAUAUCAGAUGGUCAAAAGGUUCUUGAUCUAUGUUGCUAUAGUGGUGGUUUUGCUUUAAACGCAGUGACUGGAGGUGCUCUUGAUGUUACUGGUGUUGACACAUCACUACCAGCUCUAGAGCUUGCUAAAGAAAAUGUUGUACUUAACAACAUUGAUCCAGGAAGAAUAUCCUUUUUGAAACAAGAUGCAACAAAGUUUAUGAAGAAUGCUCUCUUGAGAGAUGAAUCCUGGGAUAUUGUCAUCAUUGAUCCUCCUAAAAUGGCACCAUCAAAAAAGGUUCUACAUAGUGCAUCUGGUAUGUACAGAAGUAUGAAUUCGCUUGCGAUGCAACUUACAAAAAGAGGUGGUCUUCUGAUGACCUGUUCUUGUUCUGGAGCUGUGACCCAGAGUGGGAUAUUCCUGCGUAUCCUUCAGGGUGCAGCAUCUAUGGCAGGGAGGAAAAUCACUGUUCUAAGACAGGCUGGAGCAGCUUGUGAUCAUCCUAUUGAUCCGUCAUACCCAGAAGGCGCAUACCUAUCCAACGUUCUAUUAAGAGUUUCAUGACUAUUACAUCAAUUAAAUUUCUCAUAUGUAACUUAAUAUUUUGAUGCAAUUUUGCAGGGUUUUUUUUUUUUUUUUUUUUUUUAUGUUAGAAGAAAUGUCUUUUACUCAAAUUAAUUGAAAAAAAAGAAUCGGUUUAUUUCAUUUGAUUAUCUAUCAUCAAACUGAUUUAUUCAUCAUUGAAGUCAAGGUCAUGAUCCUUAGCAUAACAUGCUCAGCCGCAACAUUAGAUGAACAAGGGAUGAAAUCAGCAUGAAACCUUGUAAAUCAGGAUGCAAUCUCAAAGAUGUCUCGGAAGAUUGUUCAGUUAUAUAUUGAGAUCCAAAUACAAUAUUGCUGUUAACAUUAUUUUGGGUUGCCCUGCAACUAUAUGUCUGAAUUCCAUUUAUAAAUUAGCCUCUCUUUCUACCUCUUAUUUCU